AUGUUAUUGGAACCACUUGAAACAGAUGUUGAUGAAUACAGACAAAAAUACUCGGAAAUUCAUGCUAGAAUGAAUGAAUUCAAAGAUGGAUGUGACAUGUCUUAUGAAGAGUUUCUUACAGAAGUUGUACAAAUUGAAGAGGCAGAGUACAUUAAGUGUAUAAGAAGUUCACUGAAAGGACCAAAGAUAUUUUUAAAAAGGGAACCUAAAGAAAUGAGGGUAAAUUACUACAAUACCACAGUACUACAAGCAUGGAAAGCGAAUCUUGACUUGCAAUUUGUUUUAGACCCAUAUGCCUGUGCAAUGUACAUUGUAUCAUACAUAAGCAAAUCACAAAGAGGUAUGAGCACUAUGUUAGAACAAGCUUCAAAAGAGGCAGCAGAAGGAAACAUGGAUCUUAAACGUCAAGUCAGACAUAUUGGAAACAAAUUUCUCAAUUUUGUAGAAAUCAGUGCCCAAGAAGCAUCAUAUCUUGUACUACAAAUGCCCUUAACCCGAGCUUCUCGUGAAGUCGUAUUCAUUAAUACCUCAUUACCUAAAGACAGAGUGUUCCUUCUGAAAAGCCAAGAACAACUGAAAGAUCUUCCUAAAAACUCAACAGAUAUUGAAUCUGACAAUAUCAUCAAGCGGUAUGCAAAGAGACCAAAGAAGCUAGAGAACUAUUGCCUUGCUGAUUAUGUUUCUGAGUUGGAUGUGAAAUACAAAAAACGAAAGCAGAGUUUAGAAAAUGAUCAUAAUGAUGAUGAUGAUACAGGACAUCAUUCAGAUGAAGCUGACCAUUCAGAAUCUGAGAGUGAUACAGAAUUCAAUAAUGAAAACACAAUUAUGAAGUUGCGGGGUGGCAUUACAAUCAGGAAACGCAAGAACCCUAGAAUCAUUCGAUAUGUCAGGUAUAGCAAAACUACUAAUGCUGAAAACCAUUACAGAGAAAAACUAUUACUGUUUGUACCGUGGAGAAAUGAAGAGCAAGAUCUAUUAAGUAGUCAUGAAUCAUAUGAAGAACACUUCAACAGCAGACAACAACAGAUAUUGCCUAUUAUUCACAAAUAUGAACAUCAUGUUGAGGAACUAGACAUGGCUAGACAUCAGGCAGAGGAAGACAUAGUCUCAGAGUUUGAUACUGUUGCACCUAACACUGAACAAGUGCAAGCGGAAGAUGCAGAACAGUCAGUUGAUCGGUCUGAAGAGUUCAUUCACUAUGUACCACCAGAACCAUCGCACAGAACAGUAGACAUUGGUCAAGACCUAAACCUACCAGAAAGUACAGUAUCAGUUGAAACAAGAUCAGUACUUUUGCCAGAUAAUGAAUAUAUGACAUUGCUCCGUUCUUUGAACAAAAAGCAAAGGGAAUUUUUCAACCAUGUCGUGAAAUGGAUUUCUACAAAAAAUGAACCUAUCUAUGCAUUUCUUUCUGGUGGAGCUGGAGUUGGAAAAUCAGUAGUUAUCCGAGCAUUAUUCCAAGCAUUGCAAAGACAGUUGAACUCAAAAGAAGGUCAUGACCCAGACAGCAUAAAGAUUUUGCUCACAGCUUUUACAGGAAAAGCAGCAUACAAUAUCAAUGGUGUAACAAUAGCAUCAGCAUUUCAUAAGAAAAUGUUUCAGACACAACAACACAUGCACAGUGAUGAACUGAAUACGUUUAGAACCACAUACAAAGAUCUCUCUGUCAUCAUUGUAGAUGAAAUUUCGAUGGUUGGUAAUAAGCUGUUUGCUUUCAUGCAUGAACGCUUAACAGAACUGACAGGCACAAAGCGAGACUUUGGUGGUAUAAGUAUCAUAGCAGUUGGAGACUUAUUUCAACUAUCACCUGUGGCAGACUCGUGGAUCUUUAAUGAUUUGAAGAUAGGUUUAGCAAGGAACUUGUGGAAAGAACAUUUUCAACUAUUUGAACUUGAGGAAAUCAUGAGACAGAAAGAUGAUUUACAAUUUGCUCAGAUGUUGAACAGGUUGAGAUUAAAUGAACUCUUACCAGAGGACAGAGAUCUUAUUAAAUCUCGCACCAUUACACCUCCAUCACCUACUUAUCCAAAAAAUGCCUUGCACUUAUUUACUGAAAAUAAGCGAGUUGAUCAUUUCAACAACGAGUUGAUACAAGACCUAGUCACCACAAAGGUGAAUGUGCCAGCUCAUACAGAUGUCAUUGCCCCUUCAAAUAUAAGCAAACAAUCAAAAGUUCAUUUGAUAAAAGAAAUGAAUAAGCAAGAAAAUCACAGCAAAACUGGAAACUUACCUAGCUUGCUUAAACUUGCAGAAGAAAUGUUAUAUGAUGUGACGGUGAAUGUGGAUGUAAAAGAUGGAUUAACAAAUGGAGCUUCAGGCAUUGUAAAACACAUUGAAUUCAAAGAAAUGAACCAUGAAAGACCUGGCAUUAUAUGGAUACUUUUCACUGAUGAAAACAUUGGAUCUAAAAGGAGAACAAAAUACAAAGAUCUAUAUCAUAGAGGAAUCAAUAGGUUGUGGACACCAAUGUUUGAAACGAAACGGACAUUUUUAAACAAUAGAAAAACUUAUGAAAGAACCCAGUUUCCUCUAGCUCCAUCUGCUGCCAAAACUGUACAUAAAGCUCAAGGUACCACUGUUGAUGAACUGGUAGUUGACCUGAGGUCCAAUUACAAAGCUCCACAUAUCCACUAUGUUGCAUUGUCACGAGUUAGAACAUUAUCAAAUCUAUACAUCCUUGAUUUCAACGACAAGGCAUUAACAGUGGACAAAAAUGUACAUGUGGAAAUGGACAGACUCCGUAAGAUACCUAUGCAUUUGUGCUAUAUUCCAUUAUACAACAUUGACAAUGCGCAUGUGAAACUCUUAUUCAACAAUGCAAGGUCGUUGCACAAACACAUAGAUGAUGUAAGAUGUGAACCAAACAUUCAAAGUGCAGAUAUCAUUGGAAUUUGUGAAUCACGACUUGUUGAUACAGACAGACAGGAAUGUUAUGAUUUACCUGGCUUUACUGCACACAGACUGGAUGAAGAUCAUAAUGGCAAAACAAGGCCAAACCAUGGACUAGUUGUGUAUGUAAAGCAUGGAAUUACUGUGGACAGAGUACACCCCCAUAGAUAUGAUGGAAUUGAAUUCAUGACCAUCCAUGCAAAAGUCAAGGAAAAACAGAUUCAAGUUGUCUACCUUUAUAAAACACCAAAACUUGGUAUGCAGUUAUUUUUGAAAGCUUUAACAGACCACAUAAAACCAUGCAUUGAUAGAAAUAGAUCACUUUUUAUUCUUGGUGACUUUAACAUCAAUCUUCUGGACAUGCCAAAUGCCUUCUUGCGAUUUAUGCGAAGCGAAUUCUCAUGCAAACAAGUAAUUACAGAGCCAACAUGUUAUGGAACACUGCUCGAUCAUAUCUACACUACAGAGACUGGAGUACAGACAGGAGUUAUUCCAACAUAUUGGUCUGAUCAUUCUCUUACUUUCUGCAUGAAACAAUUUUAG